GGCCCCUCCUCCUCUAGCUUGCCACUGGGUAACAACGCCGGGCCGUUGUCGCUUGGCUUCCUCCUCCUCCUCGUCGCCUCCCGGAACCGGCGGGGGCAGCAACACUCAGGAGGGGCCCUCCAUCGCCAGCGGCAUCACAAGGACGGGGAGCCGACAUGAGGCAGGAAAGCUUCUGGCCUUGGCGAUAGAAGAUCUGUAUAGUACGAAUUAUUGGUAACCAUGGUGCAGAAAUACCAGUCUCCCGUGCGGGUGUAUAAACACCCCUUUGAGCUAAUUAUGGCUGCAUAUGAAAGAAGGUUUCCAACUUGCCCUCUCAUCCCCAUGUUUGUAGGCAGUGAUACUGUGAAUGAAUUCAAGAGUGAUGACAGAGCAAUCCAUGUGAUUGAAAGACGCUGUAAACUGGAUGUAGAUGCACCACGGCUCCUGAAAAAGAUUGCAGGGGUAGAUUAUGUUUACUUUAUCCAAAAGAACUCCUUGAAUAGAAGAGACCGCACUUUACACAUAGAGGCCCACAACGAAACUUUCUCAAACAGAGUUGUCAUUAAUGAAAAAUGCUCUUACACGGUGCACCCAGACAAUGAAGAUUGGACAUGUUUUGAGCAGUCCGCAAGUCUUGAUAUUAAAUCUUUCUUUGGCUUUGAAAGCACAGUAGAAAAGAUUGCCAUGAAGCAAUACACCAGCAAUAUUAAAAAGGGCAAAGAGAUAAUAGAGUACUACUUGAAGCAGCUAGAAGAAGAAGGUAUAACAUUUAUUCCUCGUUGGACUCCGCCUGCUAAGUUUGCAUUUGAACGUGGCACAGUUCACUUAAGACAGUCACUGUCCCCUCCAAUCAACAUACCUGAAAUUGCUGUUAAAGAGGGACUAAACCCCAAGGAAAUCAACACAUGCAAUAAUGCAUCAGAACUGGCAGCUGGAACGCCUGAUGACAAGCUAGAUGCGGAUUAUAUCAAGAGGUAUCUGGGUGACUUGACACCACUUCAGGAAAGCUGCCUCAUCAGGCUUCGGCAGUGGCUCCAGGAAACACACAAAGGCAAAAUUCCCAAAGACGAACACAUCUUAAGAUUCUUGCGUGCCAGGGAUUUCAACAUUGAUAAGGCCAGAGAAAUCCUGUGCCAGUCUUUAACGUGGCGCAAACAGCAUCAGGUGGACUACAUCCUGGAUACCUGGAACCCUCCUCAAGUACUCCAGGAUUAUUAUGCAGGUGGUUGGCAUCAUCAUGACAAAGAUGGGCGUCCACUGUAUGUGUUGAGACUAGGCCAGAUGGAUACCAAAGGUUUGGUGCGAGCUCUUGGAGAAGAAGCCCUGCUUCGCUAUGUUCUAUCUAUAAAUGAAGAAGGACUGAGGAGGUGUGAAGAAAAUACAAAAGUGUUUGGAAGACCUAUAAGCUCUUGGACUUGCUUGGUGGAUCUGGAGGGCUUGAACAUGCGCCACUUAUGGAGACCUGGUGUCAAGGCCUUGCUGAGAAUCAUAGAGGUGGUGGAAGCUAAUUAUCCAGAAACACUAGGACGUCUUCUAAUUCUGCGAGCUCCCAGAGUGUUUCCAGUCCUUUGGACGCUGGUUAGCCCUUUCAUUGAUGACAACACUCGAAAGAAAUUCCUGAUUUAUGCUGGCAAUGAUUACCAGGGUCCUGGAGGUCUGUUGGAUUACAUUGACAAAGAAAUUAUUCCUGAUUUUCUUGGUGGAGAAUGUAUGUGUGAAGUUCCAGAAGGUGGGCUGGUUCCCAAAUCUUUGUACCGGACAGCAGAAGAACUGGAAAAUGAAGACAUAAAAUUGUGGACAGAAACUAUCUAUCAAUCUGCAAGCAUCUUCAAAGGAGCUCCCCAUGAGAUUUUCAUUCAGAUUGUGGAAGCUGCCUCUGUGAUCACCUGGGAUUUUGAUGUUUGCAAAGGUGAUAUUGUUUUCAACAUCUAUCACUCCAAGAGAGCCCCUCAGCCUCCUAAAAAAGACUCUUUGGUAGGGGCACAUAGUAUUACCUCUCCUGGUGGCAAUAAUGUACAGUUGAUAGACAGAGCUUGGCAACUGGGGCGAGACUACAGUAUGGUGGAGUCACCGCUCAUCUGCAAGGAAGGGGAAAGCGUGCAGGGAUCCCAUGUGACUAGAUGGCCUGGCUUCUACAUUCUCCAGUGGAAGUUCCACAGUAUGCCUGCCUGUGCUACCACCAGUCUGCCUCGUGUUGAUGAUGUCCUGGCAUCUCUACAGGUCUCAUCUCACAAGUGCAAAGUGAUGUACUACACAGAAGUAAUUGGGUCAGAAGAUUUCAGGGGGUCCAUGAGCAGCCUUGAAUCAAGUCACAGUGGAUUUUCUCAGCUCAGUGCUGCUACAACUUCCUCGGGCCAGUCUCAGUCCAGCUCCAUGAUUUCCAGGUAGUGCCACUGCCAAGAAAAGCCAGUUGAUGAGACGGCUGGGCCCUCGUCUACGGCAGUCAACCGCAAUACAGCAUAAUCAUCAGUGACACUUGCAAAAACAAACACACAAAUGGAAGGUCUUUUUAUAGAUAGUAAAAGUAGCUGUGUGCAUUUAAAUAUUCUGGUUUUGUUUUGAAUGAGAACUGAAGGUGUGUGUCUAAUCUUAAUAGCCAUAGUUUUUUAUACACAUGCUUGCACAAAUCCUCACUUGGAAAUGUAAGGGCUGUUUUGCAAAGGAAGAAGGAAUCAGUGGUUGAAUGGCUGAGAAUUUAUUUAACUUCCUGUCGAUAUAAUUGUGAUGCAGAAGUCUGUCCUAAAGCUUUUGCCAGUGAGACUUUCGCGAAGUUUAAGUACACCUCCCCUCCGCUACGGCCCAGCACUGAGGCCAGAGGAGCACGGUGGCUGCGUGCCUGACGUGUCACAAAGAGCCAGCUGGUGAACUGGCUGAACCCUUUUCUCUACCUUUUCUCAGCGAUGGGUGCUGCCCUGACAGAGGGAGCCGAGCUGCUGGUGCUGUCAGGCAGCUCUUUUAACACAAGUACAUUCUGCUAGCUCACAUGGUUAAGGACAGACUCCAGUCUGGGGCAUUGAAAGGCAUUAAGCUAGAAUGCCCACUUCUGAGCAGUGAAAGGGGGAAGGAAGAGGGCAGAGCAGGCUCUCCUCAACUCAACCCAAAGGCUGGCCCUACUUUGAUCCUCAGGUUUGUUUCUCCUGGAGGUGCAUGUGAUUGCACCUCAUUUGCUUCUUUUCACCCUCAACAAAUAUCCUUUGAAGAGUGGCAUCUUUCCUGCCAAGACCUCCCUGGAGAAGUGGCUGCACCAAUCCUUUCCUUCCUGUGCCCUUCUCCAUUUCCCUGGUCUGCCCUGUGGCAGUACAGAUGGGAUGGUUACCAUCUUAACAGAGCACAGCCUGCUGCGGCAACAAUUCAUUGCGGACAUCCACAUGUUUCUGUAGUAGCAAAUUUGCUAAAGGUUGCUUAAACUCCAGCACUUGCUUCAUUAGUAUUUGAAGCUUGCCAUGUCUUUUGGAAGCCUUGAGGCCUAAAACAGCCAGCUGCCAGACUAGUCUUGCUGAUGCAACUGAGUAUAAUUCUACAAGGAUUGCAAAUGUGUUCCUGUAGCAGACAAUAAUUGCUGAAGUAGUAUCAUUUGGAUCCAUUCAUCCCCACUUAAAGCUCUAAAUACCACACACCUCCACCCCAAUAUAUAAUUACAGCCUUGUUUAGAGAAGGCUCUAUGCUUAACAUAAUUUGUAGAAGCUUACUGUACACUCUGUUUUGGGAAAAGGAAAGUAAUGAUGAAUGCAACUUGCAGAUUUAUUGAGAAAGGUAAGGAAAUUUGUUUAAGAUCAGAGUGUUCCAUGUGCUAAUUCAAAGGACAUAAAAUGUUAAGGCAUUUGCCAUAUGAAUUAUAAAACUAAAACCGGUGAGUGCUUAAAGUAUUAGGCUAGAUGACCACUCUAAAUACUGGUUAAUUGGAGUUGAGAGAGUAUAGAUUAGUUCCACAAACCCACACGUGAUAUUUCUUCCAGAUGCUGCUUUUUGUGAUAGUUUCUUAACUAGUAAGUGCUAGUAUGAUAAUUAUUUUCAGUAACAGUUUUAAUUGUUGGUAUGUGGUCAUGAACAUGGUUC